AUGGAAGGUGCUUCGCUCCGCGACGUGCGAUCCCGCUCCAUGGGUCGUCUCGUCACCAUUCGCGGCAUGAUCGUCCGGGCUUCUGACGUGAAACCCUCCUGCGUCGUGGCGACCUAUUCCUGCGAUGCCUGUGGCAUCGAAGCCUACCAGGUCGUCCAGGGUAAACGCGAGUUUAUGCCUCCCAAAUCGUGCCCGUCGCCCCGUUGUCAACAACACUCCCGGCAAAAGGAAACCCUGCACCUCCAAACUCGCGGAUCCAAGUUUGUCAAGUUUCAGGAACUGAAACUCCAAGAACUGCCCUCACAAGUGCCCAUGGGGCACGUGCCGCGUUCUAUGAGUGUCUAUGCCCGGGGUGAAUUGACCCGCUUGACCUCGCCGGGGGAUGUGGUUACCCUAGACGGCGUCUUCUUGCCGCAACGAGUCGCCGAAAGCGGUUAUCGUGCCAUGAAGGCCGGCUUGAUUUCCACCACGUACCUCGAGGCGCAGAACAUUCUCGUCCACAAGAAAUCGUACGACGAAUCGUUACUGGAUAGUCUGCCCGAAGAAGAAAGUAUCAAGCUAGAUAAGGAAAUUAUGGACGUGGCGACUGGGGACGACCCGAUCGGUCGCUUGUCGUCUUCGUUAGCGCCCGAGAUUUUUGGACACGAAGACAUCAAACGGGCGCUCUUAUUACAGCUAGUGAGUGGCUGCACACGGACACUACCUGACGGAAUGCGGAUUCGUGGGGACAUUAAUAUUUGCCUCAUGGGUGAUCCGGGAGUCGCUAAGUCGCAGUUGCUCAAGCACGUGGCGUCGAUUGCGCCGCGGGGAGUCUACACGACAGGCAAGGGGUCGUCCGGUGUGGGGCUGACGGCCGCGAUUACCAAAGACAUGGCCACUGGCGAAAUGGCCCUGGAAGGGGGCGCCUUGGUCCUAGCGGACCGUGGCAUCUGCUGCAUUGACGAAUUCGAUAAAAUGGAUGAGAGCGAUCGUACCGCCAUUCAUGAAGUCAUGGAGCAGCAGACGGUCAGUAUCGCCAAGGCCGGUAUCGUAGCGACCUUGAACGCGCGAGCGGCCGUACUCGCGGCGGCGAAUCCUCUGUACGGGCGCUACAACCGCUCCAAAUCGCUAUCGGAAAAUGUUAAUUUGCCAAAUUCGUUGCUCAGUCGCUUCGAUUUGCUGUUUCUGGUUUUGGAUAUUGCCGAUGUGGACAAGGAUAUGGCUUUGGCUCGGCACGUUACUUUUGUCCAUCAAAAUGAAGGCGUCAGCGUCAACGGAACUGAUAACGGAAACACUAAUAGCGAGGACGAUAAGCAUUCUGUUUGUACACCUCAACUCCUCCGCGAAUACAUUGCCCGCGCACGGCGUCAUCAGCCGGUCAUGCCACCGGAAGAUGCGCCAUACGUUGUGGAAGCCUACGUUUCGCUUCGAAUGCAAGAUCGUCCAGGUGCACGCGGUAGUCAGAAACAAAAUGAUCAAACGGUCAUGACCGCGCGUCAGCUGUUGUCGAUUUUGCGAUUGAGUCAAGCCCUCGCACGUUUGCGCUUCUCGGAUUAUGUGGCCCGGGAGGAUGUGGACGAAGCGAUUCGUUUGACCCAUAUGAGCAAGGCCAGUCUCCUGGAUGAGGAUCACGACGACGGCACCGGUCGAAAGCGUGGUCGUGGCGAGGACGUCAUGUCACGAAUUUUUCACAUCAUUCGUGACUAUUCUUCUGUUUCAGGCUCGAAAGAAGUAGAACUCAAGCUUGCCGAGGCCAUGGUUCUGCGCAAGGGUUUUACGACUCAGCAACUGCAGACAUGCUUGGAGGAGUACGAAGCCUUGCAAGUAAUUCAGAUCAAUCGUACCAGAACGCAUAUCUACUUUAUCGACGGCAUGUAA